GAAUACUUGGCAGCAUUCAUUAGUAACUGUACAUGUAGCCUAGAGAUUAUCACUUUAAUAAUAUACAGUAGCGUUUUAUUUUUUUUGCGCUGAGAUUCGUUGUCAUUAGCAAGUUCACCCGGAAGUCUUUCACUGAUACACCUAAGUUGCAGAGCAACACGAAUUGGCUCAUGUGUCCUAAUUCAGGGGAUGCAUCCUUAACUUUUAACUGAUUUAAUUUAGCUUAACUUCUGAGUAAUUUUUGUAUUUAACUCUUCUUUUCUUGUGUAAUUUUGUAAAUUAAUUUUGCGGCUAGAAAAGAUGGCUUCCUCAUCUGAUUCGGACAAACCGUCAGUUUCUAAUCUAGAAGAAAACAGAACUCGUCUGUGUGAUGAGUUUGCUGCAGUCGCGGGAACCGACGGCUCUGUGGCUCAGUGCUACCUGGCUGAAAAUAAAUGGGACAUGGAGAGAGCUUUGAACUCAUUCUUUGAGGCAGACAUGGAGACAGUAUUUGAAGUAGAAGAUUCUCCAAAGAGAGAAAUCAGCCCCAAACCCAAGAGGCAUAAGGCUGAGGAAAAACCUCCAAGAGACUGCAUAGAUUUGACUGAAGACAGUCCUGCCCCCUCAAACAAACCCUCAGAAGAAGAUGACAGUAAAUUGUCAGUGGUCUCCUGGAACGUCGAUGGACUUGAUACAGACAACCUGGCUGAGCGAGCGAGGGGCCUGUGCUCCUACUUAGUCUUAUACACUCCUGAUGUGGUGUUCCUGCAAGAACUCAUCCCACCUUAUAUCCAGUACUUGAAGAAACGGGCUGUCAGCUACCUGUUCAUUGAAGGCGGUGAAGCUGGUUACUUCACUGGGAUGAUGCUGAAAAGGUCACGAAUCAAACUGCUGGAGAGUGAAACAGUGACUUACCCCACCACUCAAAUGAUGAGGAAUCUUCUUGUAGCUCAGGUGGAUUUUAAAGGCCAGAGGCUGUGUCUGAUGACGUCCCACCUUGAGAGUUGUAAAGGCCAUGCAGCAGAGCGGAUGAAGCAGCUCCAAGUGGUGAUGCAGAGGAUGAGAGAGGCACCUGACAAUGUCACUGUCCUGUUUGGAGGGGACACAAACCUGAGGGACACUGAGGUGGCCAAGGUAGGCCUACCCUCUGGGGUCUGCGACAUCUGGGAGAGACUGGGCAAGCCGGAGCAUUGCCGCUACACGUGGGACACCAAAGCCAACAACAACAAGACUGUUCCCUUUGUCAGUCGCUGCCGCUUUGACCGGGUCUACCUCCGCCCAGCAACCGGGGAUGGAGUCCCACAUCUGGCCCCUGAACACAUGGCUCUGGUGGGUCUGGAGAAGCUGGACUGUGGCCGCUACACUAGUGAUCACUGGGGAAUCUAUUGUAGCUUUUCUGCUAGAUAGAAAUACACAAAAAGAGCUUGAAAAUGGAAGUGAAAGCUUUAGAUUUCAGCUGGUCUUGUUGCUUUAUAUGCUUUAAAGUGCCACUGCAGACAAGCAACACAACUGAUCAUAGAAACACUUUCUGUAUGAAAGAUGAUGUUCUGAACUCAUCAGAGGUUGGCAGCCUGUAAAUUUUAUAUCUUGAUUAGUUUUAUCUUCUAAUGUAUCUCAUUUUUCCUGUUAAAAUAUCUAAAUAAAUGUAAAACGCACCAAUAAAUGCAAAACUUUCAAAGCUUCAUUUCAUUUUGCAGUUCAGGUUGAAAAUUGGGUCUUGACCUUUAAAACAAUUAACUGCAUCUCAUCACAAGGUUUAUUGGUAGCUG